AUGCAACCCCUCCUCAGACCCCACCUCUCUCUCGCUCACCUCCCCUCCUCCAUCAUUGCAAAAUCCUUCAAGCUCACCCAACUCAACGCCCGAUCAUUCCACGCAACUCCAUCCAACAUGACUAUCAAGACCUUUUUCGACGUUACCUGGGAGGGCCCAGUCCUCGAUGCUCAAGGAAAAGCUACCUCCAAGGUAGCAAACCAACAGGGCCGCAUCAACUUCAACCUCUUCGAUGACGUUGUCCCAAAGACCGCUGAGAACUUCCGCGCUCUCUGCACCGGCGAGAAGGGCUUCGGUUAUGCCAACUCGGGAUUCCACCGCAUCAUUCCUCAGUUCAUGCUCCAGGGCGGUGACUUCACCCGUGGCAACGGCACCGGUGGCAAGUCCAUCUACGGUGAGAAGUUCGCCGAUGAGAACUUCAAGUUAACCCACAACAAGCCCGGACUUCUGUCCAUGGCUAACGCUGGCCCCAACACCAAUGGAUCCCAGUUCUUCGUCACCACCGUCGUGACCAGCUGGCUCGAUGGCAAGCACGUCGUCUUCGGCGAGGUCGCUGACGAGGAGUCGCUGAAGAUUGUCAAGGCUCUCGAGGCUACCGGCAGCGGCAGCGGCAAGGUCAACUACAGCAACAAGCCCACCAUUGUCAAGUCUGGACAGUUGUAG